CGCACGCUAACAUACCUGCUCCUUACUUUCUGAUUUUCUUUAUUACUCUGACGUCUUAUUAUGAUUCAGAUAUGUCGUGCUGAGGACGGAGAAUCAUUCCAGGUCAACGCCACGCUUCGGGAUAUCGAAAGGAGGGGAAGUUUAGAGUUAUUUCUGCAACAGGAGACAGGAGUGGAUCAGGAUGCUAUCCUUGCAUACCUCUCGGACGGCACGCGCCUACGGACCGACAACGUUCGUGAAUUGGUCGGUGCUCAUGAUCAGACCAUAUACGUAUUCAACAAGUAUUAUCUCGAUAUCGACCUACAAGACGUCCUAAAGGAACUUCGGGUCGAGUCACCAUUGCUGAUCCCAAUCGAAGAAAUUCUCUCAGCAACGCCACCCUAUAAACCCUCUCAGCUCGCCGCUUCAUACCUUCGCAGUGCACAAGUCUUCCUUGAGCACGUCAAUCGCAUGCUUGCAACGCUCCACAAGCAGCAUCAAGCCACAAAAAUUGCUUUUAGCAGUCUUGAAUUGAAUGUACUUAGCAUCACGGACGCUUUCGACGGGAUUGUGGCGGCCACAGGUCAUGACCUAGAAAGGCAGGCAGCCUCACUCGCAAGCGUUGAUGCGGACCUCGAGCUCAUUGGACGGGUGGAGGUACAUAUUGAGUUCAUGUCCUCUGGGUUCAGGAAGGCAAUCGAAAACGGAGAGAAGCGGCGCACGUUAGGUGAUUACGUAUCGAAUGCUAAGAUGAAGCAGGUUGCCGAGACGUGCGCUCGAACGCAUGAUGACCUGCGUUUGCAGUUCUCAGAAGCAGAGAAACUAGUGACGAGGUUAAAAACUGGAACGGAUUCUGUACGUGCGAUUGUGAUGAACGUGAAGAUCAUCGAGGAAGCAGAGCUAUCUGCUCGACGGUUCCAUGACGCAUACGAGAAGGUUGUUGAAGUUGCAGGUGCACUUGAGAGCCCCGCAAGUGACAGCGACACUCUAUUACAAGCUCGAUAACGUUCUCAGACGACAAGUGGAAAUCGUUACACAGUUCAAGAAUGAGUAUACCGAGCAAUGUAUAACUGCCCUUCAAUGCAUAAGCACGCUCAACGUCGACCUCGUUCAAUUACCUACGACACUCUCGCAGUUGCAAGCUAAAUUCCGAGCAAAGAACAGCUUUCCGC